GUUUCCUUACCCCAGCCCCCAGCAACCUUAUCCCGCCCCUGGGGGUUCGUGGGCAUUUUUCAGGAACUUUCUUUCCGGCUUGAGAAGCCGCCACUCCCAAGAUGGAGGUACGUUGCGCCGCCAUUAAGAGCUAGCCCCCAGAACCAUCCUAAGGCUUCACAGUCCUGCCCAAGAUGGCCGUCUCGGCUUUGGCACCGCCCCUACUCCUGACUCUCCCAACAUGGCUACCCUGACUCCCCGUUCCCCGUGCGGGACGUACGACCGGAAGUGACGGGUCCAGACAUUUCCGCUUUCUUUCUGCAGCAGGAACCGUGGCUGCCGGACAAGAGGGGAGCGGUGGAUACUGACCUUUGCUCCGGCCUCGUCGUGAAGACACAGCGCAUCUUCCCGCUUUCGGCUUCCUCCCACAGAACCCGUUUCGGGCCUCAGAGCCUCUGGCGAGAUGCUGCUGCCGCUCCUGCUGCUGCUACCCGUGUGCUGGGCCGUGGAGGUCAAGAGGCCCCGGGGCGUCUCCCUCACCAAUCAUCACUUCUAUGAUGAGUCCAAGCCUUUCACCUGCCUGGACGGUUCGGCCACCAUCCCAUUCGAUCAGGUCAACGAUGACUAUUGCGACUGCAAAGAUGGCUCUGACGAGCCAGGCACGGCUGCCUGUCCUAACGGCAGCUUCCACUGCACCAACACUGGCUAUAAGCCCCUGUAUAUCCCCUCUAACCGGGUCAACGAUGGUGUUUGUGACUGCUGCGAUGGAACAGACGAGUACAACAGCGGCAUCGUCUGUGAGAACACCUGCAAAGAGAAGGGCCGUAAGGAGAGGGAGUCCCUUCAGCAGAUGGCCGAGGUCACCCGCGAGGGGUUCCGCCUGAAGAAGAUCCUUAUUGAGGACUGGAAGAAGGCGCGGGAGGAGAAGCAGAAAAAGCUCGUUGAGCUCCAGGCUGGGAAGAAGUCUCUGGAAGACCAGGUGGAGAUGCUGCGGACAGUGAAAGAAGAAGCCGAGAAGCCAGAGAAAGAGGCCAAAGAGCAGCACCAGAAGCUGUGGGAAGAGCAGCUGGCUGCCGCCAAGGCCCAACGGGAGCAGGAGCUGGCGGCUGAUGCCUUCCAGGAGCUGGAUGACGACAUGGACGGGACGGUCUCGGUGACCGAGCUGCAGACUCAUCCAGAGCUGGACACAGAUGGGGAUGGGGCGUUGUCGGAAGCAGAAGCUCAGGCCCUCCUCAGCGGGGACACACAGACAGACGCCACCUCUUUCUUCGACCGCGUCUGGGCCGCCAUCAGGGACAAGUACCGGUCCGAGGCACUGCCCACUGACCUUCCAGCACCUUCUGCCCCUGACUUGACGGAGCCCAAGGAGGAGCAGCCACCAGUGCCCUCGCCACCCACGGAAGAGGAGGAGGAGGAGGAGGAAGAAGAGGAGGCUGAAGAAGAAGAGGAGGAGGAGGAGGAUUCUGAGGUGCAGGGGGAGCAGCCCAAGGAGGCCCUACUGCCACUGGCACCCCCGCAGCCAGCCAGCCCUGCCGAGGAAGACAAGAUGCCGCCGUACGACGAGCAGACGCAGGCCUUCAUCGAUGCUGCCCAGGAGGCCCGCAACAAGUUCGAGGAGGCCGAGCGGUCGCUGAAGGACAUGGAGGAGUCCAUCAGGAACCUGGAGCAAGAGAUUUCUUUUGACUUUGGCCCCAACGGGGAGUUUGCGUACCUGUACAGCCAGUGCUACGAGCUCACCACCAACGAGUACGUCUACCGCCUCUGCCCCUUCAAGCUUGUCUCGCAGAAACCCAAACUUGGGGGCUCUCCCACCAGCCUCGGCACCUGGGGCUCCUGGGCUGGCCCCGAGCACGACAGGUUCAGUGCCAUGAAGUAUGAGCAAGGCACGGGCUGCUGGCAGGGCCCCAACCGCUCCACCACCGUGCGCCUCCUAUGCGGGAAAGAGACCAUGGUGACCAGCACCACGGAGCCCAGUCGCUGCGAGUACCUCAUGGAGCUGAUGACGCCAGCCGCCUGCCUGGAGCCACCGCCUGAAGCACCCACCGAAGACGACCAUGACGAGCUCUAGCUGGAUGGGCGCAGAGAACCGCAAGAAGGCAUGAAGCCGGCCCCUGCAGUGCCGUCCACCCGCCCCUCUGUCCGGGGCUGCCUGUGGCUCUGUUGCCCUCCUCUGUGGGGCAGGACCUUUGUGGGGCUUCGUGCCCUGUUCUGGGGCCCAGGCAGGGCUGGUCCACAUUCCCAGGCCCCAAUGGCCUCCAAAGAUGGGUAAAGGAGCUUGCCCUCCCUGGGCCCCCCACCUUGGUGACUCACCCCACCACCCCAGCCCUGUCCCUGCCACUCCUCCUGGUGGGGACCAGUGAAUGACUUGACCUGUGACCUCAAUACAAUAAAUGUGAUCCCCCACCCAAA